CCCCGUAUGGACUUCUCCGAAGUAUAUGCCUACCGUCAAUGAAAGGCGGCUACUACAUCGUACAUGCGGUCAUAGAGAAAGGAACGGGCGACAUACUGGCAGGCCACUGUCUCUGCCCAGCCGGCCUCAGUGGAAGCUGCCAGCACGUUGUUGGCCUGCUGCUCACAGCUUGCAACCUGGCACCACAAGGAGAAGACACAACAUGUACGGAUGUCCCCUGUGCAUGGAUUGUGCCCCCUCAAGCCAAAAAGCAAGAACCAAGCUUGCCGCUUUCGGAAAUUUUGUUUGAGAGCAGCAGGAACAGGAAGAGAGUUUAUGAUCCCACACCUGGACUGUUGCCAGCUGACCCUGCCAACUUCAUCAGCAACUUGCAAGAAAUAUCUCCGAGCUGCCUUCUACUCCGCUAUGCAAAGAAGCCCAGGGCGGCAGAAGAAAGCACAACAGAGACCAUCGCUGCAAAAGUAAUAAAUGAUGGAUGCUGCAACCAGCCAUAUAUAGCCGACAGUGAAGAUUUGCUGAGCAUGACAAACUCGAGAAUUAUUCAAGAGAGAUUUGAUGCAAUUCAGCCCCUGAGCCUCGACGACAGGGCAGUCAUUUUAGAAAGCACAAUGGGCCAGGCAGAGAACAAGAAGUGGCAUCAGGAACGUAUUGGACGGCUCACGGCAUCAAUGUUUAAGAAGUUGCUGCGGUGCGGAAAGCCUGAUGGUGCCGUAAGGGACGUAAUGUAUCCUCGCCAAUACUACAUUCUCAUUCUGCUGAGCAAUUACUUGAAAGAGUACUGGUGA